AUGGAGCCCAAAGUGAGAAUUGCCGGCCAAACCUUCGACUACAUCGUUUGUGGAGGCGGAACAUCAGGAUGCGUGAUUGCGGCAGAACUUGCCUCAAUUCCUAAUGUAUCUGUGCUUCUUAUAGAAGCAGGCAGAGACUCGGGCCUCGCCCCCGAUGUUCUAGUUCCAGGCAAAUACGUCAAGCAACUACAGGAAGACAAAGGGGGACUAUGGGAGUUGGAAACGAUACCGCAGCCGCAGUUGAACGCUAGGAAGCUUGUGUUUCUGCGAGGCAAGCAGCUUGGAGGAAGCUCGGCUGUCAACUACAUGGCACUUGCGCGAGGCCCAGCAGCUGAUUAUGAUGAAUGGGCGAAAAUUGUUGGCGAGACCGGAUGGAGAUGGGAGAAUAUUCUACCUUUGAUGAGAGCGCUUGAGGACUUUGACCCGAAGCUACCUGCAGACCUGAAAGAAUUUGCUGCUCCACAAUCUACUGAUCAUGGAACUUCAGGGCUUCUGAAAGUUGGGUUCGGCGACGAAAUGGUUCCUGGCAUUGAGACAUUCAUGAAAGCAUGCUCUGAGAACGGAAUCUCAUUGUGUCCAGACAUUAACUCGGGAAAUCCAGUGGGCGUCGGACUGGCCCAGUUCAACGUUCGUGGUGGAGAGAGAUGUUAUGCUGCGAAUGCUUUCCUAAGUGAUUCGGUUCGGUCGUCGCUAAAGAAUUUGACUAUCGUGACAGAAACGGAGUGCGAUCGAGUUCACUCCAAGGAUGGAGUUGUAACUGGGGUUGACUUGUACCACAAAUCAACGGGAGUAAAUAGCCAUGUGUACUGCCGUGAGGAGGUCGUUCUCUGUGCUGGCACGUUUGGGUCUCCAAGGAUUCUCAUGCUGUCCGGUCUCGGACCCAGAGAUACCUUGGAACGACUCAAUAUUCCGGUACAAGCUGAAUUGCCAGGAUGUGGCCAGAACAUGCUUGACCAUUCAAUUAUCACCUGCGAAUACAAGGUGAAAAACUCAAUCCCAGCGCAUAAUCAACUGUUCCUCAACCCUGGCCUUCUCGCAGAAGCAGAAGCUCAAUAUUCGAAGGAUAGGACUGGACCACUUUCCAUGUAUGGAUCCAGUGGCACCUUGGCCUUCCCCAGGAUUCAGCGCCUAUUCGGAUCGGAAGAAUUCUCCAAGCUCACUUCCAAGGAGAAAGGUUUCUUGAUGGAGCCUACAAGGCCUUCGGCUGAGAUCUGGCUGGGAUCAGGACCUUCCGUCUACCAGGAUGAUCGACCAGAACAGAGCUAUGUGACGCAUGAACUACUGCUGCAGAAUAAUCUUUCACAGGGAACGGUCAUGAUUCGGUCCAAAGAUCCACGGGACAGCCUGAUCGUUAACCCGAAUUUCAUGUCUCAUCCGUUCGAUCGACGAAUUGCAAUUGAAACCGUUCGCAUGGCCCUGAAGAUUGCUCGCACUGAAGCCUACCGGGGUACGAUUGAGCGCAUGGUUCAUGGCCCGGAUAUUGAGUUUGAAACGGCGGAUCUUGAUGCGAUUACUGACGAGGUGAUGUUGAAUUUUAUUCGCAAAAAUUUGGACCAAGGUUACCACAGCGUCUCUACCUGCCGCAUGGGUAAAGCCAGCGACCCUGAUUAUGUAGUGGACUUCAGAUUUCAAGUCAAGGGAAUGAGCAACCUACGCGUGGCAGACCUGAGUGUUUGUCCUAUUCUUACUUGCAAUCACACGCAGAUCAAUGCUUACUUGAUUGGUCUUCGAUGUGGAAGGGAGAUGGUUCAGAGUCACAAAGCACGUACCCAGCUUGCGAAAUUGUAG